AUGGCCGCCGCCGCGGUAGCUCCGGCGAACCCGCCGAAGCAGAAGGAGGUGAAGGGCCUCAUACUCGGCCGAUACGAAAUCGGCAAGAUCCUCGGCCACGGGACGUUCGCGAAGGUGUACCACGCGCGGAACGUGAAGAACGGCGAUGGCGUGGCCAUCAAGGUCAUCGACAAAGAGAAGAUCCUGAAGGUGGGCCUCACCGCCCACAUCAAGCGCGAGAUCUCCAUCCUCCGGCGAGUCCGCCACCCGAACAUCGUCCAGCUGAUCGAGGUUAUGGCCACCAAGUCCAAGAUCUUCUUCGUCAUGGAGUACGUCCGCGGCGGCGAGCUCUUCGGGAAGGUCGCCAAGGGCCGCCUCAAGGAGGACGUCGCCCGGAAGUACUUCCAGCAGCUGAUCUCCGCCGUUGCGUUCUGCCACGCGCGCGGCGUCUACCACCGCGACCUCAAGCCGGAGAACAUCCUCCUCGACGACGACGGCAACCUCAAGGUCUCCGACUUCGGCCUCAGCGCCAUCUCGGAACAGAUAAAGCAGGACGGCCUCUUCCACACCUUCUGCGGCACCCCCGCCUACGUGGCACCUGAGGUUCUCUCCCGGAAAGGCUACGACGCCGCAAAAGUCGACAUCUGGAGCUGCGGCGUUAUCCUCUUCGUCCUAAUGGCCGGCUACCUCCCCUUCCAUGACCAGAACGUCAUGUCAAUGUACAAAAAAAUCUACAAGGGCGAAUUCCGGUGCCCCCGCUGGUUCUCGCCGGAGCUCGUCCGCCUCCUGACCCGCCUGCUCGACACAAACCCUGAAACCCGAAUCACAAUCCCUGACGUCAUGAACAACAAGUGGUUCAAAAAGGGGUUCAAGCACGUCAAAUUCUAUAUCGAAGACGACAAAUUGUGCAGCGUGAAUGAGGAAUUGAACGAAUCAAAUGAAUCAAACGAAAACUUCAUCAUCGAUUCUCUAUCCGAGCAGUCACUAUCCGAAUCGGAGGCCGAGCUCGAGUCGAGAAGGAAAAUUACAACUCUGCCCCGGCCAGCCAGCCUUAAUGCUUUCGACAUAAUCUCGUUCUCUCGCGGGUUUGACCUUUCGGGCCUUUUCGAAGAAGGUGGAACAAAUGGUGGGGCCCGAUUUGUCUCGGGUGCUCCCGUUUCAAGCAUUAUAUCAAAAUUGGAAGAGAUUGCCAAAGUUGUGAGCUUUACUGUUAGGAAGAAGGAUUGCAGGGUGAAUUUGGAAGGAAUCAAGGAAGGUGUAAAAGGCCCAUUAACGAUUGCAGCUGAGAUAUUCGAGUUAACGCCUUCUUUAAGAGUGGUUGAGGUUAGGAAGAAAGCAGGGGACAGAUCAGAAUACGAGGAAUUUUGCGAUCGCGAGUUGAGGCCUGGUUUGCAGAGCCUUUUGCCGGUAAAAGAAGCGAAUUCUGCUAUGUCUUACUUACCUUCGGAUACUGAAUAG